AUGCGCAGCGCAGUGUACGUAUUCACCGCCGUCCCUCUGCUCGUGUUUGUGCUCAAUGUCCUUACCGCCUCCUCCUCCGUGGCGGCCGACUGCAGCGGGAGGGAGCACCUCGAGCUCUGGGGCUCGCUGGUGCAGGCCGGCGGCGACAAUGACCAGCCGACGGCCGCCGACUGCUGCCGCUCGUGCCGCGAGUACGAGCCUUCGCUCGACGUGGGCGGUGGCGCGCAGUGCAACGCGUGGGUGUGGCACCCAAUCUCCAAGGAGCACCAGAGCGCAGACGACCUCCGCAAAUCGGUCGCGCGUGUCGCGCAGGCCGGCAGCGCCGCCGUUCUCCGUGGCACAGCCGGCAGCCCCGCCGUCCCGUGGCACAGCGGCGUCAACCUCGAGGUCAAGCCGUGUGCCGACUGUGUCCCUCCCGCUGUCUACUCGGGCUGCAAAAUAAAGGACGCAUGCUUCGAGCCGGACGCUCACAAGCAUUCGCUCGGCGACUGCUGGCUCAAGUACCAGGAGCUGCCGCAGUCGCCCGAGGCCACCUCCGGUCCGAUGAGGCCCUCCUUCUUGCGACGACACAAGCGGGCGAUGGCCGACGGCUGCCCGUGGGUCUCGGGCGUGCUGCUGCCGCCCGGGGUGGCGAUGACCAACGGGACGUGGGGCCCGAGGGCGUACUGGUAG